UUGUACUUCAGACAUAGAGCUUGAAACAUACGCCGCGUAUCCGAAGUCAUACUAUUAUGGUGUAAGAGUCUGGGAAAUACUAUUGGAAUCACCUUCGAGGACCAAUCCCCUUUUUCACGCAACAGACUCCUGUUUGAGAUGUUAAAACCCGGUGACCCCAGCGGAUCUGCUUUCUUGAAAGUGGACCCGACGUACAUGCAACACUGGCAGCAGCUCUUCCCUCAAAGCCAGUUGAAGAAUGGAGGCAUUACGCAGCUGCAGCCGCCGGACAGGGUAGCUGUUCCGGUGGAAAGUCUCCGUCAGCGGCCGAACCUGAUCUCCUCCACAUCAUCAUCGUCGGCUUUAACACCUUCCUCCACAUCUUCAUCGACUCCAUCCGUUUCAUCAUUGGCAGGUUUAUCUCAACUAUCUGUGCCACAAAUUGCACUUUUUGGACAAACUCUCUCUUCUGACAUUGUCUCGUCAGACAACACCAACCUUCAAGCGAAAGAACUUUGUAUAUCCUCCAGCUUUAAGAAUGACAAAGGGUCCAGAUUUAAACUGACCUCCGAUGAGUUAGACUACUACCUCUACGGACAGCAGAGAAUGGAGAUUAUCCCAUUGAACAAUCACACCGGCGACCACAACAAUCGGUGUGACAUGUGUGCAGAUAACCGUAAUGGAGAGUGUCCCAUGCACGGGCCCCUGCACUCGCUGCGGCGCUUGGUGGGGACAAGCAGUGCAGCGCCGGCCGUGCCGCCCCCAGAUGUCCCUGACUGGCUGCGGGACCUGCCCCGUGAGGUGUGCCUCUGCACCAGCACUGUGCCCGGCCUUGGCUACGGCAUCUGUGCCGCCCAGCGUAUCCCACAGGGCACCUGGAUCGGCCCCUUUGCGGGAGUCCCCCUCCUCCUGGAUAAGUUGCAGUCAGGAGGGGUGCGGAACACAAGGCACUUAUGGGAGAUCUAUGACCAGGAAGGGACGUUACAGCACUUUAUUGACGGCAAUGAGCCGAGCAAGUCGAGCUGGAUGAGAUACAUUCGCUGUGCACGGCACUGUGGCGAGCAAAACAUGAUGGUGGUCCAGUACAGAUCAUGUAUAUUCUACCGGGCAUGUAUGGACAUUCCAAGAGGAACAGAACUCCUGGUCUGGUACAAUGACAGCUACACCUCCUUCUUUGGCAUCCCUCUACAGUGCAUUGCACAGGAUGAAAACUUGAAUGUACCAACCACAGUUAUGGAGGCCAUGAGCAGACAAGAGACGCUGCAGCCGCUCAGUAAAACAGGCAAAGGUUUCUCGGUGGCCCUGCUGCGCUCCAUGGUCUUCCCUCACUCACCCUGCUCCAGAAGCUUCUCUCUGAUGGACAAAGGUGGCCACACGGACUCCGGCUUCAACCAGAUGAGCUCUAAGAACCAGCGAGUCCUAGCCAGCCCCACCUCCACCAGCCAGCUGAGCACCGAGUUCAGUGACUGGCACCUCUGGAAGUGCGGCCAGUGCUUUAAGACGUUCACGCAACGCAUCCUGCUCCAGAUGCAUGUGUGCACACAGAACCCAGACAGACCUUACCAGUGUGGACACUGCUCCCAGUCCUUCUCCCAGCCGUCGGAGCUGCGCAACCAUGUCGUCACUCACUCCAGCGACCGGCCCUUCAAGUGUGGCUACUGUGGCCGGGCAUUUGCAGGAGCCACCACCCUCAACAACCACAUCCGGACACACACUGGGGAGAAGCCAUUCAAGUGCGAGAGGUGCGACAGGAGCUUCACGCAGGCCACCCAGCUCAGCAGACACCAGCGGAUGCCCAACGAGUGCAAGCCCAUCAGCGGCGAGAGCAGCGAAUCAAUCGAGGUGGAUUAGCUGAUUGACUGGCCGGAAUUAAACUGCAAGGAAAAUCAUGAUUAAAUGUCACGGACACUUAAACAAAACCAAAGAUUUCCUCUGAGAAACUCUCAAUCAGCCCCAGAAAACCAAAAGCAGUAAUAAAAUAAGUAAGAUGUUAAGAGUUAUUGAUCUUGGCACAGAAA